GAGACCAAAGCAGGUGCUGAUUACAGUACACAGAAGACCCUCCACUUGAAGCUCCCUGUGAAAUGAUACAGUUGAGAGGAAACUGCUUGUCAGCUGUUUGUUGGAGACCACUGCAUUUCCUCCUGGCUGCUGUGGAGUAGAAGAUCUUGGCUCUGUAGCCUCCCCCUGUGAUUGGCUGUCACACUUUAGGCUCCCCCUCUUCCCUCUUUUCCCCCUCUUCUUCCUCUCUCUCUUUUCUGCUGCCAACCACCUCCAUACUGUCCUCAGGCUUACCUGAGCCACCACUGCAGAAACACUGGACCCCCCUCCUCCACACACUCAGUAUACACACACACUCUUUCCCUCUCUCUCUUUCUCUCUCUCUCUCUCUCUUACACACACACACACACACACACACACACACACACACACACACAUGCACACACACAAACAGAGUUUUUCACCUGGAGAGGGCAGGCGCAAGGGACGGCAUGUGCAACAGCAGCAGCAGUCUCUCCUCACAUCUAACGCUGCCUCUCUGAGUUGCCUCUUUCUGGAGAGUGGAGGGGAACUGAAUUUUGGAGCCAUUGUCUCUUGGCGAAAGCAGGAGAGACGGGGGCAGUGAGGAAACACCUGACAAUCCAGGGACACCAAAGGCAACACACACACACACAGCAUGAUUUUGGGAGGCAUUAACCGGGCUGGGGCAGCAGUUCCUGCGUUCCUACGGACCCCCACAGUGAUCCAGCCACACCUGGACAUGAAGCCCUUCCUGCAGUUCCCUAUGGAAACACCCCAUCCUCCACACAGCUUGAGCCUCUUCCACAACUUCAACACAAUGGACCCGGUGCAGAAGGCUGUGCUCAACCACACAUUUGGGGUUCCUCUGGUCAAGACUAAAAGACCGGUCAUCUCCUGCAAUGUCUGCCAGAUCCGCUUCAACUCAGAGAGCCAGGCAGAGGCCCAUUACAAAGGAAACCGGCAUGCCAGGAGAGUCAAAGGUAUUGAGACCUCCAAGAGUCGUCCUCAGGAGGGGGACAAGCCUCAUGCUCUGCCCCAGAACUCGUCCCCAUCUCCACACGGAGCCCCUGGUUCUGCCCCAGACAGUGAACCAAACAAAGCGGAUGAAACACGACCUCUAUCACAGCUAAACGGGCCUCUACUGGCCCCAGGGCCUCUUCCUCCACUACCGACUCCACCCACCCCACCCAUGGACUCCCCUGUGCCGUCAGCGUGCCCUCUUCUUCCCACCUCAACUCCACCCUUGAUCCCCCCGUCCUCCUCCUCCCCAGGCUGCAGCAAUGGUAGCACUGAGCAGCCAGGAUCUGGACCCCCAGUUUCAGGAGCUGCUGGAACGCCGGCCUCCAGCAGCCCAUCCAACCCAGAGACAGAGGAGGACAAGGCCAAAAAGCUGCUGUACUGCUCACUGUGCAAGGUGGCUGUCAACUCCUUGUCACAGCUAGAGGCCCACAAUAAAGGUACUAAACAUAAAACUAUCUUGGAGGCACGGAGUGGGCUAGGCCCAAUUAAGGCAUAUCCUCGCCUGGGCCCUAAACCCAGCGGAGAGCAGGGAGGGGGGCUAGUGGACCCCAACACUCAGGAACGAACCUUCCACUGUGAGAUCUGCAAUGUGCGGGUCAACUCUGAACUGCAACUCAAACAGCACAUAUCAAGUCGGAGGCACAGGGACGGCAUGGCCGGAAAGCCUAAUCCCCUCCUCAGUCGACACAAGAAGCACAGGGGAGCUGAUCUGACGUCUUCUUUGACCUUCUCAAAGGAUCUCACCAAAGCUUUGGGUGCAGGGCUCUUGCCCAACCCCUUGGCUGUUGCCGCAGCAAUGGCCGCUGCAGCGUCCUCGAACCCGCUGGCUCUCCGUGCAGCUGCUCCCGCACCUCACCCGCACACCCAUCACCUCCUGCAAGGCCCACCUCUCAGCCACGCCAUCCUGAGACCUGCCCCUGGGCCCAUUCGCACCACCCAUGGGCCAAUCCUCUUCUCUCCUUACUGACAUGUCACAUUGUGACUUUAGCCAGUCAGAAACAUCCACAAAAGCACACUGUGAAGCUACAAAAAUGAUCAACAAACAGCAAUUGAUGGGGGGGGGUAAUUUAAAUAUCUGACUGACAGCAAGGGAAAAAAAGAGUAGAAAGGAGUACAAGUAUUAUGUUUCUGUCUUUCCCUUUAUCUGAAACUCUCCAUUCACUCUUCUUUUUCAAAAGACUUACGAGUGAUCUGCAGAUGGAAAGAGCAGAAGAGAGUUUUUCAUUAUGCAUUGAAGUCCCUUGUACAUUUCUCACCUCCCCUGGUCCCUCCCUUGCACUGUGGCCCUGUCAUAGCCACCUCAAUAUAAAGAAGAAACACAUGCAAAUCAUUCUGAAAAACUGUAAACCAUGCAUAGUGUUACAUUGUUAUUAUUCUGGGCCAGGCUGGUUUUUUCCUGUCAUCAUGGCUCAGUGUCUUCUCCUCAUCCUAUGCACCUCAAAAACCAAGACAAUAAUGUUAUGUCAGUAGGGUAGCUGCUUCCAUCGGUCUUUGCUGUAUGCGCCACAUGUAGCUGUGGCGGCCUCCACUGUACUGUACAUGUCUUGCUCUGCACCAGAGGCCAGUAGCCCUUCAAUUUGUGACACUAGGUCCUCGUUAGAUGCAACAUGACUUUGGCUGACAGGCAGGUGGUACUUGCAUCUGAACACAUCUGAUGGGGGAGGGGGUCAGAAGAGCAGAAAAGUGGCUGUGGGGGAUUGCACUCCCCUGUCAUGUCCUGAGAAGGGAGGUAAGAGUAGGGCUGGCACGGGUCAGUAGAUGGAUUGACCACAGGCAGCAUGCAGACAUACACGGGCCUGAACAAAUCUGUGUUUUAAAAUAGACCUUACCAACAAAAACUGCUACAGGGCGCAUCUGCCAACCUCCAUAACAGUCAGAGAAGGGCCUCAGCAAAGGCGAGAGGAGGUGACAGAAGCAGCAGAAGUCACACACUGGUACAUACUGUACUGCUGUAUUUAAUACAAGCUCACAAUGUUUAGCUUGGGUUGUAUGUAAUGAAAAGAAUUCUUUAUGAAAUACAGAACUGGAGAGAAAAUAGGUGACAUUUGACAAGACUUCUGUUCAGAUUACAAUAACAGAAAAGUAAACAUCCUCACAACCUCCUGUUCUUCAUUCUCAGGUCUGUGUAGGUAGGCAGGUAUGACUGAAGUGUGACCUUGUGUUCAGAUGUAUUUAUGUUGUUUCUGCGUACAUCCUCACAAUAAGGUUCUGCAGGGACAGGCUUUUUCAUCAUCGGGUUGACUCCUUUCAUUCCUGCACAGUCCUCCUACUCCUCAGCUCCCUGAUAUCCAAAGGUUGAUUUUAGUCAAUUAUAAAAGGCACGUCUGCCACCUGGUAGACCAUAAUAAUGAAAGGGAACAAAUUAGAGGAAGAUGAAAGCCAAAUACUCUCUUGGAGAAGUGAUCUUGAGCUGGAGUGACAACCAAGCCAGAAGCCAAGAGAAGCCGCCAGGAGCGGGAGCCGAGACAUCCAGCUUAAGACAUCUAUUGAUACUUCCUGUCUUACAACUGAAAGCCAUGAAACACACCAUGAUUUGUUUUGUUUUACAAAGACUGGUGAGCACUUUCUGUUUGGUUUGGACUGUUGGUUUGUGUUUAGAUCACACAUAAAAA